UACGAAAGCAAACUACGGGAUGUACUGAAACUACGACACGCUGGCGAUUUGCAAUACGUCGAAGAGCAGGAUCUGACAGGGAUUGUAAGAGGCCCUCUAAUUCAUUCGGUAGGGUUGAUCACCCUGUGCAAGGAAUUGGGUCACGGCGAGUUUGGCUCUGUAUGGCAGGCAUCAUGGAAAGGUGGACCGAAUGGAGCUGAAUCGAUGCAGGUCGCUGUGAAAUGUGUCGCACCUGAUAAGUUGAUGACCAGCUCGACAGCCUUUCUU